AUGUGGGUUGCAGAGGGCUCGGCCCCAGUGCAGUGGAGUCUGCGGGACGGGGCCCAUGCUGGACACUUCCUGGCCACAGCCGACCACCUCCGCACCACAGGACAGCUGGUGGACAUAGCUGUGGGCCCGGAGGGUGACGCGGCUCAUGCUGUGGUCCUGGCCUCCAUCAGCUCCUUCUUCCUCCGCUUUUUGGAGGGCAGGACCAGAGAGCAGCACCAGACCCCUCUGCCCCAUGUGCCCCUGCCACCUGGGGCCACGCUAUGGGGCUGGCGGGCUGUGCUGGCCUUUGCCUAUGGGGGAACCAUGCCCCGUGGCCGGGAGAAGGAGGUAGAGGAGGCUGCCCAGGCCUUGGGGGCCCCCCGGGUGUUGGCCGCCUGUGCCCUGCGUCUGGAGAGUGACCCACAGGAGGGGGUUCCCAAGCCCCUGGAGGAGCAGUGGGAGACACUGAGAGCCAUGGAACAACUCCAUGCCAGCGGCCUGGGCUGUGACCUCCAGCUCCAGGCGGGGGAUGAGGUCAUCCCAGUUCAGCGCCUGGCCCUGAGCUGCUCUUGUGACUUCUUCCGGGCCCUCUUCACUUGCCCCAUGCGGGAGGCCACCCAUGACCCUGCCGCCCCGCUGGCCACUGGGCUGUCCCCAGCCGAGCUGCGCCUCCUCCUCUCCUUUGCCUACACAGGGGCUGUGGCAGGGCCAUGGCCCGUGGUCCUGGAGGCAGCUGAGACCUCCCUGCACUACCAGGCAUGGGGACUCUUCAACCUCUGCCUGGAUGUUUUCACCCGUGGCUUGACCCCAGAAACUGGCCUGGAUGUGUUGGCCUUCGCUGUGGCUUACGGGCUGGCUGAGGUGGGCCGUGCAGCAGAGGACUACAUCUUGGCCACCUUCCCCAGUGUGGUGGCCACACCGGCCUUCCUGGAUCUUCCUGCACACCUUCUCAUUCGCCUCCUCCGCUCUGAUGGUCUCAACAUCCUCUAUGAACUGGAGGCCCUGGAAGCGGCAUCCCGGUGGCUUACGGCCAAUGGAGAUGGCCAAGAAGAUCUAGCCAAGGAAGUCCUGUCAUCUGUUCGCUUUGCUCUUAUGUCCAGCUGGGAGCUGAAGAAGGUCCCAUCAGUGACUGCAGGGGUAGCUGACCCAAAGGUCCUCCAUGAGCUCGUGGUAGCAAGUUUGGCCCCCGUGGUCCAGCUGCCAUGCCGAGUGCGUUCCUUACAAGAGGUGCUGGUGGUUUGUGGUGGAGACAAACUGACGUCCAAUCUGGCUGCCCGGAAGCCCAGCACACACCUGUGGUUUGCCCACCGCUACCUCAGUGCUGUGGGGCUGGUGAAGCAGGUGGAAUGGCGGGCACUGGGGCAGUUUCCUGAUGGCCCACGCUUCCGCCAUGCUGUAGCUGUGGUGGACAACAUCCUCUACGUCCUGGGUGGAAAGCGCUACUAUGGGGUCCAUGACACCCUGGCCAGUGUCUACAGGUAUCGGCCUAUGGAUGAUUCCUGGGAGCGCCUGGCCAGCAUGUCCUGUGGGCGGAGCUACUUUGCCGCUGUGGCACUUGGGGAUUUCAUCUAUGCCCUGGGCGGCAACUCGGGGGAGCUCUACUGCACAGACACUGUGGAGUGCUAUGACCUGGCCAACGAUACCUGGAGGAGAUGCCAGCCGCUGCCGAUGGCUCUGCGUGGGCACGCGGCGUGUGCCCUGGAUGGUGCCCUCUAUGUGUCAGGGGGGUGUGAUGAGGCAUACCAGUGCCAGGCGUCCUUGCUGCGAUACAUCCCAGGUGCACCUGCCACGCUUCUGGCCCCUAUGAACGGCCAACGAGCUGGCCACAUCAUGGAGGAGGCGGGUGGGCAGCUCUAUGUGGCUGGGGGGCUGUGCCAGCGGGACGGGCAGACUGGCUACAGGGACCAGCUGACCUUUGAGGACAACAGCCCCAAGAUGGACAUCUGGGUCCUCCUCAGCCCCCUGCCCCAUGCCCAUGUAGUUGGGGGCGCAGCUGUGCUGGGGGGGGAACUGCUCGUACUGGGAGGGUACAGUCAUGAGACCUACCGGGACACCCACUUGAUCCAUGCCUACCAGCCAGGCACCCGGCGAUGGAUCACGCGGGGCACCUUGCCCCAUGCCUAUACUGACCUCCAGGUUUGCGUCCUCACUGUACCCCCUGCCUUGCGUGGCCCCAACUGCCUUGAGGACCCCUCAAGAUCACCUGACACCCCCAGUAAUACUUAG